AUGCCUUCAUCCCCCUCGUCAGUCAGACCGCUCGUCCUCGGCCCUGGCGUACCACCUAUCAGUGUCAACAUAUCUUCUCCACCUCACAAACGAUCCCGACUAGCAUCCCCACAGUCAGUCGAAAUGGACGCGGUCGACAUUCCCUCGGAGCGGGUCCCUGAGGGCCUCAAGGCGUGCGAGCAGAUCCUGAAGCGGGGCAAGGAGGUCAAGAAGGUCGAGCCGGUCGUGACGUACUGGUGCUGCUUCGCUGCUGCCCAGAAAGCGCUAGAUGCCCGAAACCGCUCCAAGGAGGACACGGUCUUCCUCAUGUCCCUCUUGGAUGCUCUGGAGCAGAUGAAGGUCGUACUAGCCAAUAACGACGCGGUGACCAACGAGGCAGCUGGGGCUGCUCAUGUGGAGAACUUUGCGCUCAAGGUCUUCAUGAGCGCUGAUAACGACGAUAGAAACGGCAUUGCUGGCAAAGCAACUAUCCGAAAGUUCGUGGUGGCUGGGCAAUUCAUUGAGGUACUGCGAUGUUUCGAGAACGGUAUGACCGAGGAGAUGGAGCAGAAGCUGCAGUAUGCUCGGUGGAAGGCGGCCGACGGUGCCAAGGCGUUGCGCGAGGGAAGGACUCCCGCUUCUGGACCUCCCAUCCCUGACAUCGAGCUCUCCCUCCCCGAGCUACCUUCCGGCUCGCCAUCAGGCAACUCCCAAUUCAUUUCGGGCUCACCAUCUCAAAAUACACCUUUGUCCCGUCCAGCGAACCUCUCCAACAACAUCACACCGCUCGUCUCGCCCCGUCCUUCCCCCGGAGCCCACUCUCGCACAGACCUCCCCAGCCUAGACAUGGACCGACCUCCAGGGCGGAAUCUCAGCAAUAAGGCAAGUGGAGCCUGGUCCACUGUCGCCACGCCCGGAGUGGCAGAAGAGGGGGACGAGGACCGGCACUUCCAGCUGCCCACCGUUCCCCCUUCCGCCAUGCCUGACGUGCACUCUACGCCACCGGGAGGCGAGAAGAAGGCUGUCCGAUUUACCGGUCCGGACGGCGCACCUCUCAGUCCGGCCCAGACCCACUUUACGGUUGACUCGUACGAUGCACCGGAUGCUCCACCGCCUACUACCUUCGGGGACAGCCCUACCUCCCCGGCCAAGCCUCCACCUCCGGUUUUGAAGCGGGAUGAUAAUUCCGGCUCUUCUCGCUCAACCAACUCUACCGAUACCGCUGGUCGUCCUGGAGGGGACAGCAAUGCGAGUCGCUCGGCUCAACCCUCCGCACCUAGACCUCCCACUGGAAAUGGAAGUGGCAGCAAUCGCCCAUCUCCCAGUCUACAGCCGACGCAUAUGCCCCCUCCUCCACCACCUCCCUCCUUCGCUUCCUACCCGUCCGUCCCGCCCACUACCGCCCAUCCUAACGGUCUCGGCCUGACCUCACCUCCUCCGUCUGCUCCACCACUAUCAGCCAUGUCGUCCCUCGCUCCGGCGCAUAAUAACCCCAUACCCAAGUUGACGCGGAAACAAGUUGAACAGACGCAGAAGCACGCACGAUGGGCGGUGAGUGCGUUGGAAUUUGAUGAUGCGGAGACGGCACGGACGGAGCUGCGGAAGGCACUGGCGAUACUAGGCGGAUAG